GACGCCAUGCAGGGGCCGCGGCCUCCGCGGGCGUGGCCGGGAGCCAGCGGAGCCCCGAGCCCCCGCAGAGCCUCCACGGCCUCCUCGGGGGCUUCCCUGGGCAAAGAGCCCCGGGCCUGGCUCCUCGGGGGCAGCCAGGGAGCCCCGCAGGUUUUUGAUGAGGAAGGGAAGAAUGUGACACCCCAACCCCUCUUCCAGCCAGACCCAAAUGCUGCCAGGCCACAUGGCAGCAGCCUGUGGGCAUCACCCCAGGACACAGCACCAGCCAAGCCUGGCCUGGAUGAGACAGAACCUGAGGAAGAGGCAGAUUUGAGCUUGUCUGAGCAGGAGGAGGAGGAUGAGGAGGAGGAGGAGGAAGCAGCGCUGACGGAGGCAGAGCUGGCGCAGGUGGUGGAGGUGCUGCUGACCGAGACCGACACGCGCUGGAUGCUGGACCUGCCCACGGCCCUCGUGUCCACCGAGGCAGAGGAGGCUGCCCGGGUGCUGGAGAGGAACAAGAUUUACACAGAGCUUUGUGAGGCUAAAAUUGACAGUGAGUACUUUGAAGAAAAAAUCGUGCAAACCUUCUCUGGAGCUGCCAAAACCAAGGAGGUGCAGUGUGAGCCCAUCACCGUGGCAGAGAAAGGGGUGGUGGUGACUCCCUGGGAUCUGGACCAUCCCCUGGAUGCCCCAGGAGCAGAACCUGCAGAGACAGAAGGAGCCAAAACCCCAGCAGGGACAAGCAGCACCUCUCUCACAGCUGGGGCUGUCCCUUCUGCCACAGACAGCGCUGCUCCUGCCAGGAGCCCCGGGGAGCAGGAAUGCCCCUCAGGAGCAAUCCUGACCUCAGCAAAGCUGCAGCAGGAUUUAGUUGUCAUGGAGAGGAUUCUCAUGGAGAACAUUUUCCAGCCCAAGCUCGCGGUCUAUCGGCAGAUUCCCGUCCUCAUAGAACCUGUUGUCACCUCAGACACCGAGGGGGAAGAAGAUGAAGAGGAGGAGGAGGAGGAGGAUGAGGAUGAGGAUGAGGAGGAAGCAGCAGAGGCAGCUGAAGGCCCAGCAGAGGAGGCAGGCCCCAGGCUGGAGCUGCUGUGGUCCUACAGGUGUGAUUUAACCAGGGGCCACAGCGUGAGCAGCAUGUCUUGGAACAAAGCAAACCCUGAUCUGCUGGCUGUGGGCUACAGGGAGUUUGUUUCUCGGGGUAAGAAGAAAGGCCUGGUUUGCUGCUGGUCACUGAAGAACCCCAUGUGGCCAGAGCGCAUUUUCCGCUGCGAGCACGGCGUCACCGCUGUGGAUUUCUGCCGGGCCCGGCCCCACCUGCUGGCCGUGGGGACAGCCAGUGGCCGCGUGGCCGUGUACGACGUGCGCAGCCGCCAGGACACCGCGCUGCUGGACAGCAGUGCGUCCCUAAAUAAGCACAAAGGUCCUGUGUGGCAGCUGAAGUGGGUGGAACAGGAAGAAGGUGCAACAGGCGGUGACAAAGAGGAGAGACUGAUGUGCAUCUCAGGAGAUGGGAGGAUGACCCAGUGGUUCAUUCAGCAAAGGCUGGAUUGCUCUGACGUGAUGCAAAUCAAACGAACAGAAAGUGAGAAGAAAAAAUUGCCAGGUGAGAGAGAAAGGAAAAGUGAAGGUCCCAUAUCACAGCAGGCAGCUGGAAUGUGCUUUGACUUCCAUCCAAAGGACACUGAUAUUUUUCUUGCUGGAACAGAAGAGGGGCACAUCUACUGCUGCUCUUGCUCAGGCAAGGAGCAGAUUCUGGGCACAUACAGAGGCCAUGAGGGCCCUGUGUACAAAGUUGCCUGGAAUCCCAGCAGCACCGACAUGUUCCUCAGCUGCUCUGCAGACUGGAGCAUCCUCUUGUGGCACAGGGAUUCCCACACACCCCUUUUAACCUUCACCUCUGUCACAGCUGUUGUUCACGACAUCAAGUGGGCUCCACACUCUGCCCUCAUCUUCGCAGCAGUGAACGAGAAGAGGGUGGAGAUCUGGGAUCUGAGAGUCAGCAUCUUCGACCCGGUGCUGUGCUGCGCCGGCAGCCCCGAGGGGACGCUGAGCUCGCUGCUGUUCGCCACCAACGCCGAGUGCCUGCUGCUGGGGGACAGCCGCGGCCAGGUGGGCGUGUGGCUGCUGCCCAGCCUGCCUGGCCCCAGCGCCCAACAGGUUGGCUCCUUGUAUGACAUUGUUGCUCCUGCUGGAGCUGUUAAACAGUAGCUGAUAUCCCUUCUCCUUCAGGAAACACCUGCUGUAGUGUGAACGUAAACUGGUUAUCUUUUUUAAUCAAUAAAGUUUCUCUUUGAAGCCACA